AACGAGUGUGAUAGCAACCCCUGUCUAAAUGGAGGGAGUUGUACGGACCUUGUUAAUGAAUACGGAUGUCAGUGUCCCCUAGGCUACAUAGGAUCCCGAUGCGAACUUGAGUCAUCCAUUUGCUUUCUUCUCAAGUGGAAUAGUAUUUUCGCGGGUAGUUUGGAACCGAGCAAAUCUCUUCUGGAUACUGUUUUCACUGAACUCCCUAUAAAUGGUGUGGGGAAUUCUCAUUCCAUAGCUUACGACCACGAGGACAGAAUGGUGUACUGGACGGAAAGGGACAGUGAGACAAUUUCUAGGGCCACAAUUAACGGAACUAUUCGUCAGGAAAUCCUUGUAAAUUUGACAGGCCUAGAAGAUGGUGAGCUUACGCUGGAGUUUCAGGAGAGGAAAAUUUACUGGGUUAGGUUUAUGAGGAAUCAGCGCAUCGAACGAGCAAACUUUGACGGAAGCGAUCAGGAACUAUUGACCACUGAUGUGAACUAUCCCCGUGGUAUAGCUGUAGAUGGAGUGAACAGAAAAAUAUUUUGGAAGGAACUGUGGGGUGUGAGAUCAUCGGAUCUCAACGGACAUAAUCGAGUCAAUAUAGCGAUGUCAGAAACUGCGAGAGCAAGCUGUAUCUUCUACUAUCAGGGAGAAUUCGGAGACUCUCAGAUAAUUUUCACUGACUCCAAAAAGGUUAAGUCUGUUAAACCCGAUGGAACCAACCAAACGGCAUUGUUCAACCAUGCUUCUACUGUCGUAGGGCACGUCAUCGUUUACAACGCGACCAUCUAUUUCAUUACUAGUUUUGUUGCUGAUGAUCCCUAUGGCCUUGGGGAAAUCCCCCUGUCGAACUUGUCAGCAGUGAGGGUCAUAGAAACAUUCAAAGGAACUCCUAAAGACAGUAGUGGUUUCAUCUUGAAUGAGCCUACAAAGAAUAUUAGGGACAUCUACGUCCAUAACAUCACUUAAACAUCAUCAACUGCAAGUAUUUUGCUGAAAAUGAGUUUUUUACCAGCAUCAAGGGUGAACCUGAAAAUCAGACACUUACUCUUAUCCA